CACGGCACUUUCUUUCUCUCUUCAAACCACACAAAGAAUCUGAUAUCACAAAACUCAAAACCCAUCUGCAGAAAUCCUCUCAAGUAGAAAUUUUUUAGUCCCAACAACACGUACUCACUUGAGUCUCUGUUAGUUUCUUUUCACUGUAGUGUUUGAUUACUGAGAAACUGCAAGAAGCUAACAGGAAAAUAAUGGGUAUUUCGUUCUGAAAUUAUUAUUUUGCAAGGAAGAAAAUGGAAAGGAUCUAUGAAGAACUAGAGGAACUUAAAGCUGAGAAUGAGAAACUGAGAGCAGAUUGUGAGAGCAGAGAAGCGUUAUGCAAGAACUUGAAGAAAUCUCAUAAUGAGCAGCUUGUUAAGAUACAUGAAGCAAGUAAGAAAGUUGAGAAGCAGGCUCAAGAAUUAAAUGAAAAGGAAGAGGAAGUAUUGGAGGUCAAGAGAGUGUCCAAAAAUCUUGAGUGCAGUUUGAUUGAAAAAGAAUCUAUCAUUAAACAUCUUAGUGCUGCUAAUGAUAAGCUUAGAGUUGACUGUAAUGCAAAAUGCCGAAAAUGGGAAGAAGAAAAAAGAGGGCUAGUAUUGGAUUUAGAUGAGGCAAAUGAGAAGAAUAUUGAUCAGGAGCAAAAGAUUAAUGUAUUUAAGGCAGAGAUUGAAGGGCUCAAAACUCUUCUGGCUACUUCAAGGAAGAAAUGUUCAGAAGCAGAGAGAAAAGCAAAAGCCUCCAAAGAACUAAGAGAAAGAGAUGAUAUAUUGCUCAAAUUAGAGGAAGACAGUAGAAAGGUUGAAGAUCAGCUGAAAUGGAAGAAGGAGCAGUUCAAACAUCUUGAAGAAGCACAUGAAAAGCUUCAUGAUCAGUUCAGAGCAAGUAUAAAAGAGUGGGAUCAUGAAAGGUCUAAAUUGCUUGAUGAGAUCAGUUCACUGCAAACCAAUUUAGAAUCUCAGACCAGAAUUUCGGCAGAUCUUCAGAAUCGGUUACAGAUGUGCAACCAAGCCCUAGCUCAUGAAGAAAGUCACAGAAAGUAUCUAGAAGUUCAAGUUUCCGAAUUGAAAACACGCUAUGAGAACACUUUUGCUGAAUACCAGGAUGCAAAGUCUCAACUGGAAUGCUUGGCUGAACAGAGAGACAAAGAUAUUGCAGCUCUGAGGCAUUCCCUGAGCACAAAGGAGACGUUUCAAAAGGAAAUGGAAUAUCAAGCAGGUAAGCUGAAGCAAGAAAAUCAAGAGCUGCUGGAAUCCCUUAAAGAACUUCAAGAAGCUCAGAUUCACAAGGCAGGAAGUGCUUCUUCAUCUCUUGCAAAAUUGCGAAACAAGCUCAGAAGUGUGGAGCAGAUGCACAGAGACUGUCCUGCAAAUCUCAGAGCUAAAGAAGCUGAAUGGAGCUCUCAACUGGAGAAAAUGGAUUUGGAGCUGAAUGACUACAGGUCCAAGUUAGAAAGAAAGGAUGCAGCAUUAGAAGACCAAAAGAUGGAACUGGAGGGCUGCUAUUCUUUAACAUUGCAGUUGAAAAUGCAGAAUGAGGAGCAAUCUGUGAUGCUACUGCUGUUGAAAGCAGCACUAUCAGAGGCUGCAUUGAAGCUUGCACUCAUUGAUGGUGAAAGGGAUUUCUACAACAAAGAGAGUGAAGAGCAUUUCUCUGAACUGAUGAAGCGGCUGGAGAUGAAGGAUGCAGAUUUGGCUAAAGCCCAGUCAAAAAUUGCAGAAGAACGUGAGAAGUCAGCGUCUUUAUUCAGGAGGAUAGAGUCUUUUGAACUUGUUAAAGAGCAAGGGCUUGUAAUGCAGAAGGAGCUUGAUAGGUACAAGGAAAUUCUUGAGGAAUCAUCCAGUUGUAAUAAUCGCUUGAAAGAGAGAGCCUUGCAGAUGGAAAAUGAAUACAAAGAGAAACUUACAGAAGUUUGCGAUGCCUUAGAUGCAGCAAAUUUUGAAUUGGCCAAUGAGCGCGAGAAGACGGCAUCUUUAUCAAGGUUGGUGGAGUCAUUUAAUCAUAUUGAAGAGCAGCGACUCCAAAAGCAGAAAGAGCUUGGAAAGUACAAAGAAAUGUUUGAGGAAUCAUCCAGGUGUGAAAAUCAGUUAAGAGAGCAAGCUUUGCAGAUUGAAAGUGAGUUGAUGGAGAAACUUAGAGCAGUUUCUGAUUCCUUAGAUGCGGCAAGACUUGAAUUGGCAGAAAAACAUAAGAAAGUGACAUGUUUAGAUAGGAGGGUUGAGUCCUUGGAUCUUAUAGAAGAGCAGCAUCUCUUUAUGCAGAAGGAAUUAGAGAGGUAUAAAGAAAUGCUGGAGGAAUCAUCCAGGUGUCAACUUCACCUAGAAGAGCAAGUUUUGCAGAUGGAAGCUGACUCAAAAGAAAAAAUAAAAAAGAUAUCUGAUGCCCUAGACACAGCAAAUUUAGGGUUGGUUGAAAAGCAUGAGAAGGUGGCAUCCUUAUCGAGGAGAGUUGAGUCCUUCGAUCAUAUUGAGGAGCAGUGCUUGCAGAUGCUGAAAGAACUUGAGAGGUAUAAGGAACUGUUGGAAGAAUCAUCCAGGAACUGGCUUCAGUUAGAAGAGCAAAUCUUGCUGAUUGAAACUGACUCAAAAAGAAAACUUACAGAAGUUUGUGAUGCCUUAGACGUAGCAAAUUCUGAAAUGAUUGAGAAAACCAGUGAAGGUCACCAAAUCGAAUUUGAGUUGUGGAUAUGGAAAUUUAUUGCUGAACGUCUAAAAUCUGACCUUGAACAAAGCCGGGAGUUGCGCAAAGAAUUAGAAGCUUCUCUUCUUGCACAAGUAGAGGUUGGGGAAGCCAUGAAAAAACAGAAUGGUCACCUUCUGCAUCUAACAGAAGAGAAAGACAGCAAAAUAAGUAAUUUGCAGGGGCAGGUUCGGUUACUAGAGCUCAAAACAAAAGAAUUAGAGGCUGCCACUAGCAAUGCAAGAGCAGAAACAACAAUAUCCUUGGAUUCAGAGAAGAAAAGCUCUUUACAAAUUACAUGCCAGAAAGAUAAGAUAUUGAAGGAUCUCCAGAGAGAGAUUGGAUGGCUGGAGCAAGAAUGCUUGAGAAGGGAACUUGAACGUGCCUUGCUUACUCAAAUAGGUGCAGAACAAUCAUUUGAACAUGAAAAAGAGAAACUUAUCCGGAUAGUAGAAGAGAAAAACCAGAAAAUAGAUGACCUCUUGCAGCUCGUGGGGUCAUUGGAACAAAAAUUCAAUAGCUCAUUAAACUUUUUUUCUUCACAGCUUGCAGAAAAGCAGGCAAAACUGUCAACUUCAGAUGCCUUAAUUGCUGAGCUCAAGAGUGAAAACCGUAAUUUACUUGAAGAUUCCAUGAAGUUGUCUUGUGAAAAGGAUAACUUGUUGAAUUUUAUGGAAGAGCUGGAAGACAGUAUCUGUAAGUUCUCUGGUGAAGACAUGCAACUAAUGGGAAUCUUGGGAAGCAUAGUGCAGUCUUUUAACAGCAAUAGGUUAGGCGUGGUAUUGAAAGGUGAUGGUGGAUUAUUUGACACUAUGAAAGAGAAUGUGAACACUGAUCAUUCACCCAUGAUGAAGAAAUUUGAAGCUGCUCAAGAAGAAAGGUCACCAUUUAGACAACUCAAUUAACUUACUAUCUUGCUUGUAUGAUAUGUUAAUUCUUUCCGGGAUGUGGUUUGAAACACUUCAUUGUAAAGAGUGGAUUGAGAUCUAUUUUUCAUUUACUGAGGAACCAGCAGUAACAUUCUGCUGUUCAGAUAGGAUAUCAACUACUUUUUUUGAUAUUGCACUAGUUUUAAUACUAGACCUAAAUGUUGAAAU